UGUCCGACUGCUCCCAUAAGCCCUAUAUAUUACUAGCGCAACAAGCUUUACCUUCAAUGAACGCAGGGAAGAGGCGCGAUUGGCUGAGAACAGCAUCGCUCAGACACAAAACCGAGGACCAAGCCUGACCAUCAGGAGUACAGCAGAUCAAACUCACACGGACGUCCUCGCACAUUUUGCACAGGGACUGUGAUAUCUGCUGCAGGAACGUCGAUCUUUGGAAACGUGCAUUUGGACUACAUCAAAGUGACAUCUUGUUUAAAUUGACCCGCUCCGUUUGCUUUAUUUUGGGGGUCCAUGUGAUGCUCUCCCUCUCAAGAGACAAGAGUUUGGAAGCGCAUUCAGCACUGAUAUACUACACCUAGAUCAGCUACUACAGUCCCGUACCUCCAGCAUGGAUCGCUGUCAACGACUGUUUAUCCUCCUGUUGGGAUGGGGUUAUCUGUGCUGUGGAUACUGUGCUGUGCUUAAAACACCCUUUACGGGCUUCUCAAAAGACAUGCAAUUUGGACAAAAAGUGGAAGCGCAAGAUAAGCAACAUGCAAAGAAAACCGAGCAGGACACGCUGUCAGAACACAUGCAGAUGCUCUACGCCAAAUACACCAGCGCGGGAUUCCCUCUCAAAGAUGGGAACACUGUCCGCAGCUUCAAAGGACAUUUGGGGACCAUCAACGAUAAGCAGUUACAGAUCUUCAACCUCACUUCGCUCACCAAAUCUGAGGAUGUUCUCUCAGCGACGCUGCACUACUACAUUGGUGACCUGCAGAACAGCAGCCACAGAUGCACAAGGCACAAGAGUUGUACUCACCAUAACCUCAGAAGACAAGGUCAUGUUCACCUUGAUAUCUGGAGCUUCAGCUUUGUGGAUAACACCACCAGAACAGUGGGCCAUUUCUCCAUUAACAUCUCCACAAUGUACCGGGACUUCAUAUCAUGGCAGUGGAAAGACAUUACUCGUGUAGUCAACCAAGCCAAGCAACACGGCCAGCUUCUCAUAGGCGUUGACAUUGACUCAAAAGGACGUCAACCUUGGAAGAAACUCUUGUCACAUAGGUCUCCUUACAUUCUGGUCUACGCAAAUGACUCGGCUAUCUCAGAGCCCGAGAGUGUCGUGUCCACCCUGCAGAGACACAAAAGCAGACUGGUGCCUAAUCUUCAUAUGCUCGAAAUACACAACCGCAGUGCCUCCUCACAACAUCGGACCAAGCGGUCCGCCAACAUCCUGCUGCCGCUACAGAACAAUGAACUUCCAGGCCCCGAGUACAAUUAUGAGGUACCUACAUGGGACGAGACCAGCCCUUAUGAUCCAGUGGAGAGUAAACCAGUCAAGCGUCCUCGCAAGAAGCCUCGCAAGAAUCCUCGGCACAAGAACCCUCUCCUGCAGUUUGAUGAGCAGACCAUUAAAAAAGCACGGAAGAAGCAGUGGAACGAGCCAAAGAACUGCGCUCGCAGAUAUUUAAAGGUUGAUUUUGCAGAUAUCGGCUGGAGCGAGUGGAUUAUCUCCCCCAAGUCUUUUGAUGCGUACUACUGCUCGGGGUCAUGUCAGUUCCCCAUGCCAAAGUCUUUGAAACCUUCGAACCACGCCACCAUUCAGAGCAUCGUACGGGCGGUGGGAGUGGUCCCGGGCAUCCCAGAGCCCUGCUGCGUACCCGAAAAGAUGUCUUCCCUCAGCAUCCUCUUCUUUGAUGAAGACAAGAACGUGGUCCUCAAGGUCUACCCAAAUAUGACAGUGGACUCCUGUGCCUGUCGGUAAACGCUUUGGUCUUUUCCACCAGCCUCCCUCCCUUAAACUGAUUCCCAAUUUUUGCACUGGAAGAAAGACUGAAGAUGUUCAUUUCAUAACCCUUGAAGAACUGUCUCCAGCUUUAAGGAUUGUGAAGAGCGAAGUGCUUUUCCAGAAGGAAUUCAUUACUGUUAGCAGGAGGCUUUGUUGCAUCAGUAGAGAUAUGAGCAUAUAAAGAGACUGUCCGUCUGCGGUUGACCAGGAAGUUCUCAUGUUUCUAUAACCUCAGCAGUUAAGCAAACAUUUGCUGUCAUCCACCAUGUUUCUGUACAGUUUGUAUAAUCUUGUCAUUAUUAUAGCUAUAUUUUUGCUACAGAGGCAUUGAUUGACUCUCAUUGUUCAUAUUCUAUGGCUGCUAUACCGAGGUAGACUUUUAACUCCAGAGCCCAAAUGUGCUGAAAAGUGGACUUUUGGAAAAAAAAAAAAAGAAAAGGUAUCUCCUUUUGUUGUUGUGUCAAAAAAAAAUGAUCUAUAUUAAAAUGAUUACCUAUAUAAGUUACAUAUUCAGUUUUCCACAUUAAGCUUAAAACAGUGUUUAAUUUCUGGGUGAUUCUGUAUUGAAUGUCUUUAAAUCUUCAGAAAAUAUAUCUAUUUAUUUUCUCCGAAAAUGUGCAUUGUUACAAGCUUACAUGUAAUAGUCCUACAUCACAUUUUGUUUAGUCAAGCUUUUUGCAAUUGCAAUUGUAAAUAUGUCCAAUCGUGUUUCCGUCUGACCUACUAAUACAAGGUUGCAUCCUCACAUUUAAUUGAAUUCAUAUUCGCAUUCUGUUUCAGUUUUGUUCAGAAAACUUUUCUGUCAUUCCAAACUGCAAAUAGAUUUCAAAAGACCAGAUGUUAUAUUAUAAAAUAUGUUAAGGAAGAUUAUGAAACUUAUAUGCCUUUGUCUCUUAACACAACAAUGCCUAUAUAAAGUGCCUUACCACAUUAAAAAAAGAUUCAUCAUACAUUCAAAUGAAUAUUUAUAUUUCACAAAGACGAGUGUAACUUAUGUAAUGUUUGUUUUGGCAAAAAUAUUUUUAGUCUAUAUCAGUUUAUUUGGAUAAAAUGUGAUAUAUGAUUUCUGUAUACAUUUUGUACUGUUUUUACUUUGAAAUUAGCCUAGAACUAAAGCAACGACAUAUCAUAAGCUGCAUGUUCAUAAACGGAGUGUUUGUUUUUUUUCGUUGAUGUAUGGACAACAGAGAAAUGUACACAUCUAUGUAAAAGUGGGCUAUUAUCUUAAUAUAUAAUACAUACGUCAAGAAACACUAUGUAAAGCACUCCUUUAGCAUUUGUGUAAUAUAUUUUUUUGGAAGGCUUCCACCACACUGUGCGUUUUGUAAAUGUUAUGAUGUAGGUGAAAGGAUGUGCUUUGUAUUAUAAGCUUCAUAAGAAAAUUAUAUUUGUAUAUGGAAAUGACCUUUAAAGCAUUUAUUUAUUUUCUGUAUGAUGCCUUCUGUAUCUUAAUUUUGUGAAGCGCAGAGGGGCUUCAUUAAAUAUUCAUUGAGCUUUGCUGCACAAAGGUCAGACAGGGGUGCGAAAGGAAGCAAUACAUGACUCAAAUGAGUAUCAAUGCUUAUUUUUGUAACAUCUCCCUAGUUGAAAGAAUCCCUUUUGGCAGACCAUUCAAAGAAAA